GCACACGGCUGGGCAUACCUUGUGUGUUCCCCAAGUUAUACAGAAACGCCAAGGGCGAGCUCGUACCUAGUCCUCAGCCCAACGGCCGGACGAAGCGCCUCCGUAGGUGGGCCUGCUAUCGUGAUCUAAUACGCAGCGAAAGAUUCCGACUCACCAGAGCUUGAAAAGGUCAACGCAUCCACGAGCAGUGUUAACCCUUGGGAAAACGGGCACGCGGGUUGGGCGGCACCAUCGCAUCCGUCUGUUGGCAGCUCCUCCUAUCCGGUGGACGACGGGGGCGACAGCGGCGACAACGACUUCUCAGAUACCGCACUGGACGCGUUCUUACAGAGUCUUAAUAACAGCACAGGAGGAGACGGACAGGGGUGGAUGCUGCCUCUAUUCGCCGACGGUGCCCUCGAGCUGGACCUGAAUGCCCCGCAUCCCGCGCCCGCCGCCAUGCAGCCGCCGCCUUUCGACCACAGCCCUAGCGCAUUACAGGCGCCGCCCCCGCCUAAUCCACCUCAGCCAAACUUCAUCGCCUCCGUCGUCGACCAUUUGCCAGCGUUGUACGAGUACUGGGUCAACUCGUUCUCCCAUGUGCUCUCGGUACUCGGCCCCGGCCACAACCCGCAGGUCGACAACAUGUUCCCCGUCGUUCAGCGUUCACCGCUGGUCAUGUGUGCACUCAUCGCAUGGGCGGCCACUCACCGGGCCAAUAUCGGCCACCCGUAUGAAGAGGUUGCGCGCCUUGCGACGGAGUUCACUGAACUUCAGGCCGACCAGAUCGACAUAGAGCGCGACCUCACGCCUAACGAGAGAGAAGAGUACAUGUGGACACUGCUUAUCCUCGGCGGCACCGAGAUUGUUCAGGGAGACGUGAAGGGCUGGGUGAGGCGCCUGCCCAUGACACGGCGGCUUCUGUGCAAGGUCGUUGAGACGAUAGACUUUGACACCACCAUCACUUGGCAGGCGUUGGCAUAUAACUGCGCCUACCACGACAUUCUUGCGAGUCUCACAACAACUCAGAUCCCCGAUUUCCCUUACGAGCUCUAUAAUCGCAUUCUCACAGCCAAUGACCUCGAGAUGGACUCCUACAUGGGAGCGACACGACGCAUAUUCCAGUUCCUCACCGAUAUAGCCGCGCUGGCCGGUAAGGUUUCAACCAUCUACGGGCAGCCCGAGUCGCGCGAGCGAGACCGAGCACUGGGCCUGAUAGUCGCCGAGGCUGAGGCAAUGGUAACCCGCCUGCAUGCCGCCGAUUUGCCGAACGGGUUGUUUAAUCACCCACUGCCGAUCGGGACAGACCGCGCGCUCCUCAUCGUCUCCUUCUACACGUACAAGCUCGCGGCUGAGCUGUAUCUCCGCCAGAGUGUGCUGCGGUGCGGUCCAAGCGACCUCAAGACCCGCCGCCUCGGCGUGCGCAUCAUCGGCAACAUCCAUCAGAUCCUCGGUACACCCAACGAGAGUCAGAUGUGCUUCCCGCUUUUUCUGGCCGGCGUAGCGACUGCCGACGCCAAAGGCCGCGCAAAUGUGGAGCGUAUUUUCCACAGAUUUUCAUCGCGCGUACAGGUUCGCAACGUCAUGGCCGUGCUCAACCUGCUGUUUGAGGUGUGGAAGCGUGAUCCCGAUGGCGACCGCUACGUUGACUGGCGCAAGCUCGCGGAGGAGCAAAUGGAUGUGGCAUACUCGUUCGCAUGACGAGCACACAUCUUAUUUUUGGUGAUAUAAUCGAAGCCAAAGGAGUGUACACGGUUUAUUGCCGUUGUUUGUACCAUAGCACGAUGUCGGAUGCACCCAGCCUGCAGGGUUG